UAGAGGAGCGAGUCAGUGAAGUUCUAGAAGAGAAGUCUGUCCCUACUGGCAGUGAUGGCUUCAAUUAAAGACACUUGUCCUAUCUUACCUAAGCUUGCCAACAGUUGCUGUGAUGAGAGUUCAUACAAGCCUUCUAAUAAGUGUAAUGAGGUUCAUUUGCCACGGUUUUCAUUAAAGCAAGGGAUGAUCCCAAGACAUUACGUUAUGCCUUGGAAAGAAAACAUGAAAUUCAGGAAUGUGAAUCUGAAGCACGCAGAAGUGUGUGGGAUCCACGCUGGUCCUCUAGAAGACUCUCUGUUUUUGAAUCACAGCGAAAGGCUUUGCCAUGGGGAAGAUCGGGAAGUUGUCUUGAAGAAAGGCCCACCAGAAAUAAAAAUUGCUGAUAUGCCUCUGCAUUCCCCGCUCUCCAGAUACCAAAGCACUGUGAUCUCCCACGGCUUCAGGAGGAGACUGGUCUAAGGAUGGAAAAAUAAAGUAUCAGAGUAUUUCAACCCCAAUCUCUCUUCUCCCCAUAAAUUUAAGCCCGUUGCACAAUUAUAUUUCACCUACAGAUUCACCUUUUUUAAAGGCUAAAAUAAAAGUCAAUUGUACUCUU